AUGCAGCGCCUCAGGGAAAGCCUUCACAUCCGGACAAUGAAGGCCAAGAGGAAAGUGGAGGAGAUCUCCAAAGAGGACGUCCAGGCUUUCCUCAGGAAGAAUGGCUCUGUGCUCUUUACAGUGGGGGCCGUGAUCGUAGGGAUUGUUCUGGGAUUCACGCUGCGCCCUUACAAGAUGACCUAUCGCCAGAUGAAGUACUUCUCCUUCCCUGGAGAGCUGUUGAUGAGAAUGCUGCAGAUGCUAGUUCUCCCCUUACUGGUCUCCAGUCUGAUCACAGGAAUGGCCGCUUUAGACAGCAAAGCCUCAGGAAAGAUGGGCAUGAGAGCCGUGAUUUACUACAUGACCACGACCUUCAUCGCAGUCUUUAUUGGCAUCCUCGUCGUCCUCAUCAUUCACCCAGGAAAAGGAUCAAAAGAAGAGUUUGGAAAGCAGCAGAAGAUAGAGCAAGUCAGUCCUGCUGAUGCCUUCUUAGAUCUGAUCAGAAAUAUGUUUCCACCCAACUUGGUCCAAGCCUGCACACAGCAGUUCAAAACCAGAUAUGGGAAGAGAACCGUCCGGGUGACCGUGACGGUGAAUGACACCCUCUUCAACUCGACCAAUGGCACCCAGGAGGUCACAGAGGUCACCAGGGAGGAAGUGAUCCCCGUGUCGGGUCAGGUGAACGGGGUCAACGCUCUCGGGCUGGUGGUCUUCUCCAUGUGCUUUGGUCUAAUCAUUGGCAGCAUGAAGGAGCAGGGCCAGCUGCUGAGGGACUUCUUCGACAGCAUGAACGACGCCAUCAUGCGCCUGGUGGCCAUCAUCAUGUGGUACGCUCCUGUUGGGAUCCUGUUCCUGAUUGCAGGAAAGAUCGUGGAGAUGGACGACCUGACCCAGAUGGGCGGCCAGCUGGGCAUGUACACCAUCACGGUCAUCAUCGGCUUGCUGAUACACGGAGUUCUGAUUCUCCCCACUCUCUAUUUCGUUAUCACUCGGCAAAACCCUUUUAUCUUCAUCGCUGGCAUCCUGCAAGCCUUGGUCACGGCCCUGGGGACCUCGUCCAGCUCCGCCACGCUGCCCGUGACCUUCAGGUGUCUGGAGGAGAACAACCGGAUCGACAAGCGCAUCACGCGCUUCGUGCUGCCGGUGGGCGCCACCAUCAACAUGGACGGCACGGCUCUGUACGAGGCUCUGGCCGCCAUCUUCAUCGCCCAGGUCAACAACGUGGAGAUGAGCUUCGGUCAGAUCAUCACCAUCAGCAUCACAGCCACGGCCGCCAGCAUCGGAGCGGCCGGCAUCCCUCAGGCCGGCCUGGUCACCAUGGUGAUCGUGCUGACCUCUGUUGGACUUCCCACCGAUGACAUCACUCUCAUCAUUGCGGUCGAUUGGUUCCUGGACCGGCUGCGGACCACCACCAACGUCCUGGGGGACUCCAUCGGGGCCGGCAUCGUGGAGUUCCUGUCCCGCAACGAGCUGCGCAGCAGAGACGUGGAGAUGGGUCACUCGGUGCUGGAGGAGAGGAAGAAGCCCUACCAGCUCAUCCCCCAGGACAGCGGCGUGGAGCCGGAGCGGCCACAGCGAAUCCCUCAUGUAGCUCCCGUUAGCUUCAGCCACAGUGAAUCCCUCAUGUAGCUCCCGUUAGCUUCAGCCACAGCGAAUCCCUCAUGUAGCUCCCGUUAGCUUCAGCCACAGUGAAUCCCUCAUGUAGCUCCUGUUAGCUUCAGCCACAGCGAAUCCUUCAUGUAGCUCCCGUUAGCUUCAGCCACAGUGAAUCCCUCAUGUAGCUCCCGUUAGCUUCAGCCACAGCGAAUCCUUCAUGUAGCUCCCGUUAGCUUCAGCCACAGUGAAUCCCUCAUGUAGCUCCCGUUAGCUUCAGCCACAGCGAAUCCCUCAUGUAGCUCCCGUUAGCUUCACUCUCCCGUUAGCUCCGCUCUCCCGUUAGCUUCGCUCUCACGUUAGCUUCGCUCUCCCGUUAGCUUCACUCCUUCAUGCUUCAGCCACAGGACGAGCUGCCGUCUGUAGAGGAACACGUGAACCUCAGGGAGCUG